CUUUUGUUUUAUUACCAAAAUCCCUCUCCAAGCAAUGAAUUUUAAAAUUUCUGAUACCUUUCAUUGCCACAACGAGUGUAGUUCUAUAUGGAUGCUGCAGCAUUUUCAAGCCCCAUUUCCUGUGUGAGAUUCCUCAGGGGGUGGAGUGAAUAUAAGCGUGCGUGUGUGUGUAACUUUAUCAGUGUGACCCAGCUGUGUCUCCAGAAUACUGUUGUCAUUGCAAGAGCAGACACUGUCCGUCUUUUGGGCCCCUGUUACACAGAGAAGACGUUUAUAUACUGUAUGUGCUGGUAUGAAGUGUGUGCUAUUUGACCUACUGAUUCUCGUCUGUGUGCUGGGAGCUCAUGUAGAUGAAGCUGAGACUGUAUGCCCCCAGGGCUGUUUCUGCACAGCUGCUGUGGUGGACUGUAGCAAUCGUGGACUCACUACUGCUACGCUGCCUUCAUCUUUCCCCGUGAGCACCACUGAGCUUUGGCUCCAUGAUAAUCACCUCACGGCAGUGCCAGCUGGACUGCUGGACAGCAUGCAGGCGUUGCAACUUGUCACACUGCACGGGAACCCGUGGGAGUGCAAUUGUGCUGUGCUCUAUCUGAGGGGAUGGCUGUUAAAACAGAGCAAUGAUGCUUUGAUAAGAAAUGUGAGCUGCAAUUUUCCUCCUGGCCUACAGGGGAGACUAGUGGCCUACCUAUCUGAAGAGGAGGUGCUUAACUCCUGUAAUUAUUGGCUGUGUGAUCUGGCCUUGGCCUCACAGAUCAGCUUGAUCAUCUUUAUCGUGGUGCAAGCAAUCCUCCUUGCUGUGGUGGUCUACUUCCUUCGCCGUUUCAACCAGUUGAGCUAUGAUGCACAACGAGCAGCUGCAGAAAGCAUUCACAGCUGAGACCAACAGCUAAAAAAUCAAAGAGUGUCUCAUUAAACCAGGGGUUUGCAACCUUUUCUACUUUAAGGCCCACCUAUUCAUACUUGUAACGAGUCGAUGCCCAUUAAAAAAGAUCCCCAGUUAUUUUGGAUCAUCUAUUCUAUUAGAAUGUAAUAAUCUAUUGUAAAAUGUAUUAAUGGAAUGCCACAUCACUCCCUGUUACAGAUGGGAGUCCAGGAAUUAAAUAAAUGCAAUAAAAACUUUUUUUUAA